AUGAUACAUGAACAUCUUCAUUUUUUCCAUUUUCUUGGAAUUAUACUCGGAAAGAGAAUUACUGAACAAGCUGGUGUUGUUUUGACACUUGACCCUAAGCCAAUUGAGGGAGACUGGAAUGGAGCAGGAUACCACACUAACUACAGCACACUAAGCAAAAAGGCGAUUCUCAACCUUUCCCUUCGCCACUCAGACCACAUCAGCGCUUAUGGUGAAGGAAAUGAAAGAAGAUUGACAGGAAAACACGAAACUGCCAACAUCAACACAUUUUCAUGGGGUGUUGCUAACCAUGGUUGCUUAAUCCGUGUGGGGCGUGACACUAAGAAGGCAGGCAAAGGUUAUUUGGAAGACAGGCGUCCAGCAUCAAACAUGGAUCCAUACACAGUGACUGGAUUACUUGCAUAA